AUGGAGAAUAUCAACGUGGAGAAUAUCAACACUGCGACUCAGCUGGACGUCCAGCAGAGGGAAAUUCUGGCCCUGGUGCUCAACUUAAUCGUCACGUUAUGCACCGAGUCUAUAGGCCUCGUACAUAGCAUCUCAUUGCGCUCUGCGCUAGCCUCAGAGUCUCGGCUUCGUUUCAACACCAAUCUGCGCCUUCUGACCGCAGCUCAUGGAUGGUAUAACCCUAACGGCGCCCUGCUGAAUGGUGUCUCAGCUAUCCUCCUCAUUAUAUCCUAUAGCUCGGCCUCACUCAUCGUAUGUUUCGACAACCAAACACUGUUGGCACCCACGUGGGCCAUGGCAUAUGAUGAGGGUAUUGCCAUCGCAGGGUUACCUCUCCUCGUUUUGGGCAUCACACUCCUCCUCCAGGUGAUGAUUGCAUUGUCAGGGAUGCGGGCUGUAAAAAUAUUGACGUGGAGUUCCUCACCUUUCGACUUAACCGCUGCACUGGUCCACCACACGCAAUUGACCCCUGCUACUUUGUGGUGCAUGCGUUGUGUGUCUGACCUAGACACAGAUGAAGGUCCAGCAAAGCCACUCAAAAUACAACCCUCUGCGUGGCAUGCUCACCCUAGCAUCCGGAAAGUUGUCAUUUUUCUUUGGGUGAUCGUUGCAGCAUGCGCUGGAUGGGCCGCACUUGUCAUGUAUAUCUGGCACAAGUUUUUCAGCCAGGGUAUGAUGUCCGCCGUUGCGCUGACCCCACAAACGUGGUCGUUCAUCCCCAAUUUGCUGAACGAGAAUUUCAAUUACAUCGCGUAUUUUAUACCGGGUGUCAAUUUUCAGGUGUGGAUUCUGGUCUUUGUCAACAUGGCAGUUGCCCAGGGACCAUUGACGCUGGGGCUGCAUUGUUCGGAGCUCAUCGCAAAUGUCAUUCGAGACGAAAGACAGUGGAGAUGCGCUACAAGCAGGAAAGGACUUAGCACGGCGACAAACCCGGUGAAGACGAUUUUCACUCAUCCGAUCUGUCUCAUACUUUUCGUCGCGAAGCCUUUCCUACACUGGAUGUUCGGGCUUUCAUUCACCAUAUAUAACUCUGCAACUGACGGGGAACUAGAUGGGUCGUUUGUGGACAUGUUCACAGCCCAGAUCUGGAACUUGUGCAUAGCGCUGUUUAUAUUUGCCUGUUUCUUCACUUUUGUCGCACUGCGCCAACCGCGUGGCCCCCAGCCGGCUGCAUACGGCCACCUCCAGACGCUCGCAAACCUCGUGGACGAGUGGUCGCCUGUGAUGUGGUGGGGACACAAGGAAGACGGAAUCCCGUACUGUCAUGCUGGGACGAGCGAUCACCUGCUGCCGGAUGUGAAGAUGGACUGCGUUUAUGCUGGUUCCGGUGCUGGGUCUCUGGUACUCUCGUGA